AUGGGUGAUCGAUUAAGAGGAUUUCCUAAGAAGUGUCGGUGUGGAGAACCUAUAGUGAUGAAGACGUCAAACACUGCUAGAAACCCUGGAAGAUUGUUUCAUGCUUGUCCUUUUGGAGAAAAUGAUAAUAGGUAUCAUGUGUUCAAAUGGAUGGAUUUUUGUAUGGUGCAAGAGAUAGAAGACUUGAUAGAGAAAGUUGAUAACUUAGAAGGAACUUCGAUUACAAUGCAAAAAAGCUUCAAUGCGUGUGAAUCAGAGAUUGACAAUCUGACGAUGGAGAUGCAUGUGUGUGAGGCUGUGAUUGAAAAAGAAGUUGCAGAGUUGAAAAUUCAGUUCCGUAGCUUGAAGAAUAUCGUGGUGUUUGCUUUGGUGUUGAUUUUCUUUUUCAGGUUUAUAUUUUAA